AUGGUCGUCGAGCUUCGAGGGCAAAGUCUUCUAGGUGCUGUCACAGUUUUGACAUCUCUUGGCUUUCUACUGAUCGGUUUUGACAAUGGACUUAUGGGCGGACUUGUUAAUGGCAAGGCUUUCACCGAUGCGUUCGACAAUCCUAAUGCCACGAUGGUUGGGCUGAUAGUGGCAAUCUACGAAAUAGGAUGCUUUUUUGGAGCCAUCACUACGGCCGCUCUUGGUGAGCAGCUCGGUAGACGCAAGAGUAUCGGCGGUGGCGUUAUUGUCAUGAUUGUUGGAGCACUCCUUCAAGCAACGUCGUACAGUCGUGCUCAAAUGAUUGUGGCUCGAAUUGUAUCUGGAGUCGGCAUGGGUGCAAUCAACUCUACAGUACCCGUUCUGCAGGCCGAGUUCUCACCCAAAGCGACGAGAGGAAUAUUUGUCUGUGCGCAGCUCUCCACCCUCAACUUCGGGAUUUUCUUCGUCUAUUGGAUCGACUAUGCCUUUUCGACACACACCAGCAGCUUUGCAUGGAGGAUUCCCACCAUUCUCCAAUGUAUCUUUCUGGUUCCGAUGUUGCUCAUCCUUCUUAUUAUCCCCGAGUCUCCGAGAUGGCUUGCUGCUCACGACAGACCGGAUGAGUGCCUCAAAGUUCUACAAAGACUUCGGGGGGCUCAUGACGAGGCCGCGGUUCAGAGGUUACAUGGCGAGAUUCUCCAGACCGUUGCUUACGAAGCUUCGAUUGGAGCUGGCUCAUGGAAAGACUUGCUCAAGAACGAUAACAUCAAAAGUCAGAAGCGUCUCCUCAUUGCUUGUGGAAUACAAGCUUUCCAACAGCUCGGAGGCAUCAACGCAAUUAUUUACUACUCUGGAACGUUGUUUGAAAAGUCCAUUGGCUUUGAUUCGCAUAUGUCUUCCCUGAUGAGUGGAUAUUUACAAACAUGGUUCUUUGUAGCCUCAUUUAUUCCAUGGUUUCUGAUUGAUCGCAUUGGGCGGAGACCUCUGCUCCUCUCUAUGAUUAGUCUUAUGGCAGCAGUCAUGGCCGUACAAGCAGGUCUCAUUUUCCAAGUACAGAACAACACGGCCAUUGCACAUGGUGCUGGAAUCGGCGCGGCGGCUAUGCUUUUUGUCUUCCAGGGGGCCUUUACAAUAGGCUUCCAGGCCACGGUUUGGGUCUACCCCUCCGAGAUUCUCCCGCUUCGCCUUCGCCAGCGAGGUUCUUCCAUAAGCACAGCAGUCAACUGGAUCUUCAAUUACAUGAUUGUCCAAAUCACGCCCAUUGCAACCCAAAACAUUGGCUGGAAGACGUACAUCAUCUUUGCGGCUCUCAAUGCUCUCUGGGUGCCAAUCAUCUUCAUUUUCUUUCCUGAAACAAAGGGACUGGAGCUCGAGGCUGUCGAUCGUCUGUUUUCUGGCGAUCCAGAACUCGAGCCGUUGGAGUAUCCUAAGAAUGAUAUCUUGCACAAGGAAGAUGUUGCAGCUGAGUAGCAUGCUUGAGAAAGGAACUGGAAGUUCUGUGACGGUUUGCUAGCACGUGGCUGAAACGCUAAUGUUACGUGAGAAGGUACCGGUGUUUCAGGUAUAGGAUAUAGGGGGCAUCUCCUGUAACUAGCUACUUAUUUAU